AUGAACGAUGUGAAGCUUGCUGUCUUGGGUGGCGAAGGAACGGGCAAAUCUGCCCUUACAGUAAGGUUUCUUACCAAGAGAUUCAUUGGAGAAUAUGCUUCUAAUUUUGAAUCUAUCUAUAGUAAGCAUUUGUAUUUGGAAGGGAAGCAACUGAACCUGGAAAUAUAUGACCCUUGUUCUCAACCACAGAAAGCAAAAUUUUCCCUCACAAGUGAACUGCAUUGGGCAGAUGGGUUUGUUAUUGUGUAUGACAUCAGUGACAGGUCCUCAUUCGCUCUUGCUAAAGCACUGGUCUACAGAAUUCGGGAGCCACAAACUAGUCAUUGUAAAAGAGCUGUGGAAUCAGCGGUGCUCUUGGUUGGGAACAAGCAAGACCUCUGUCACGUGCGAGAGGUUGGCUGGGAAGAAGGGCAGACGCUGGCGUUGGACAACCGCUGCCAGUUCUGUGAAUUGUCUGCGGCAGAGCAGUGCCUGGAGGUGGAAAUGAUGUUUAUCAGAAUCAUCAAGGACAUCCUGACAAACUUCAAACUCAAAGAAAAGAGGAGGCCCAGUGGAUCUAAAUCCAUGGCUAAACUGAUCAAUAAUGUAUUUGGAAAGAGACGGAAAUCUGUUUAGCGGACAUGUAAUCCUAGGAGAUUUAUUAUAUCAGAGAGUUUCAAAUAUUCACAUGAUCAUGAAAUUAGCCCUUUGUAUGCAGUUAAACAACUAAUAAUUCUCUUAGAGAUAUGAAAUGACCAUAUAUAAACCACAGCUGUUUUCACAGAUAUAGUUUGCCAUUUUGGUUGUUUGUAUCUUCUUGUACACUCAUGCUUCACACUCAGCCUUUUCUUUAUCUCACAAAAUAGCACUCACUAUAACUUAGCGACACACUGCUGUAUAGCUUGCUUUGUGUAAACUCUGCGUAAUAAUUUUAUUAAACUACCCUCCACAGGGCUCAGGUUACUUUUA